GAAGUCCUGGGCUCUGUAGUCCCCCCUCCUCCAAGUCCUUCCCCCUCCCGAUUUGGCAGACAAGCAACCGAAGCUGGUUCUGAUCGCUGUGCAGGGGGCAGAGCGCGGCACGCCCAGGCGCUGGGAGGGCGGAGUGGGGCUGGGCUUGCGUGCUAGCAGCACUAGAGACUUUACAGGCAGCUACAAACUUUUAGUCCAAGAGACCCAGCCUGCUCCUCCCCAGAGGUGCUGAGCAGCCAGCCCCAAGAUGGCGUCAUCCGGUAGCCCAGGGACUCGCAUGACUUCCACAGUGAGCAUCAAUAUUUCCACUCCAAGUUUCUACAGCCCGCAGAAGAAGUUUGCCCCAGUGGUUGCCCCUAAGCCCAAAGUUAACCCCUUCAAGGCUGGGGGUGCUGUACCUGGGAGUGCAUCAGAACCGUCACUGCCCCAGCCUUCUGGGGCCGGUGCUCAGCGUGCUCAGAUAGGGAAGGUGGGGGAGAUCCCACAAGCUGCAGCACCUUUGCUCACUGAAGAACUGCCACUGCCACCGCCACCUCCUCCAGGAGAGGAAACGGUCAUGUCCCCAACCAGUGCUUUCCCCCCACCCCCACCACCAUUCGAAGAGCCCUUCCCCUCAGCUCCAGAAGAGGUUUUUCCUUCUCCUCCUCCCUCCAUGGCUGACGAGGGGCUUGAGACUGGGGUGCCUGCCUCCCAGGUGCGUGGGAAGAUGAGCAGCAUUGAUCUGGAGAUUGACUCUCUGUCCUCAAUGUUGGAUGACAUGGAGAAGAAUGACCCCUUCAAGUCCCGGGUGGCUCCCCUGGAAACACAUUCUGCCCCUAAAGGCCAUAUAGAAAUCAUGGCUAUGCCUAAAGAUCCCCCAGUUCCUGCUUCUUUCCCCCCCAAGUUCACCCCAAAACCCAGUGGAGGCUUUACACCAAAACCCUCUGAAGUGGGUAUAGCCCCUGCACCAACACCCUGGGCAGCCCCACUGCAGCGUAGAGACCCCCCAGAAAUGCAGUCCAGAGCGCCAGCCCCAUCUGCAGCCCCUCUUCCCUCAGCCCCACCUGCCCCUAAGUUCACCCCUUCCCCUGUUGCCAACUCCCCCAGGUUUGGAUCCAAACCAGCUGCUGGUGCUCCUGGGGUGUCGCCAAACCCCACGAGAUUUACUGCCCCUCCCCCUGCUCAGACCCGAUUCACAGCCCCUUCAGCUGUGAGCUCUGCCCCAAAGACCCAGCCUCCCAGUUUCACCUAUGCCCAGCAGCGGGAGAGACCUCAGGUGCAGGAGAAGCCACGUCCUGCAGCACAUCCUGCUGCCCCACGAGACAUGCAUAGGGCUCCUAUGGGCACUGGUUCUGAGCCUCCCAGGGGAAACUCCUCACUGACCAUGAAAGAAGUGGAGGAGCUGGAGAUGCUGACCCAGAAGCUCAUGAAGGAUAUGGAGCACCCACCCCAUGCAGAAGCCUCCACUUCCGAGCUGUGUGGCCUCUGCCGGAAGCCUCUGUCCCGAACUCAGCCGGCCGUGCGUGCUCUGGACUGCCUCUUCCAUGUGGAGUGCUUCACCUGUUUCAAGUGCGAGAAGCAGCUGCAAGGGCAGCAGUUCUACAACGUGGAUGAGAAGCCCUUCUGUGAGGACUGCUAUGCUGGCACCCUGGAGAAGUGCAGUGUCUGCAAACAGACCAUCACAGACCGGAUGCUGAAGGCCACAGGCAACUCAUACCAUCCCCAGUGCUUCACUUGUGUGGUGUGCCAGACCCCCCUCGAGGGGGCCUCCUUCAUUGUGGACCAAGCCAACCAGCCCCACUGUGUGGAUGACUAUCACAGGAAGUAUGCCCCCCGCUGCUCAGUCUGCACUGAGCCUAUCAUGCCAGAGCCCGGAAAGGAUGAGACUGUGCGCGUGGUAGCGCUGGAGAAGAACUUCCAUAUGAAGUGCUACAAGUGUGAGGACUGUGAGAGGCCUCUGUCUAUCGAGGCAGAUGAGAACGGCUGCUUCCCACUGGAUGGGCACGUGCUGUGUAUGAAGUGUCAUACCACUCGUGCCAAAGCUGCGCACUGAGGGAUUGGAGUGGGGUGUGCCCCCGAUACCUCUGCUCCCCCAUACCAGUGGCCUGCAUUCCUCUCCUCUCAAUGGUCCAAUGCCUUCGCUCCACAGGGCACAUUCUGACCUACAAAUACUCUGGCAGCAGUUCUUCCUUUGAAUAGGGAUCACCACUCCUAAUCCCCUCCUCUGUGCUAGGAUCCCCUUCUGCAAUGCCUGCUUUUCCUGGCCACAGUACAUUCCAGACUGGGGAGUGUGGGAUAUCCCUGUUUUCCCCUAUCUUGCCCUGGAAGGGACAUUUCAAUAGUCCUAGAGAAAACAGGAUGGCAUCUCCAACCCUGUGGGCAGAACUACCUAGUGGUUGUGUCUGAGACUGCUCCAUGGAGCAGUACUCUCUCUGGCAUUGUGAGACGAAGUGCCCGUCUCUUCAGUGCUCUUUUCUCUGCUUUCUCCCUCUUACGCCCAUAUUUCUGAGAGGAGGCAGAGAGUGGUGAGAGGCCUUGCUCCCUGGGCUGGAAAACUUUAAUCUGGUUAUGGCUUUCCUGCCUUCAGCAGAUCUCACCAGCUGGCUGACCCUGUCUAGCAUCGGUCCCUGCCCGAUAGAUCUGUCAGCCUGGGGAAGAGCCUCUCACUAGCUUUGGGACCCUCUUCCUCCCCUCCCAACAAGUCUCUGCUCCCCAUUUCCUUUCACUCAGUGUCUUCCUUUGUGCUUGGCCCAGUUGCUUGGCAUAGCAAACGAUCCAAAGGGUUUGUGUUUACAAAGGACUUCAGAGCUCAUGGGGGGGGAGGGCUGCCAGCACCCAGUAGUGAAUGGCCCUGGGGUGUGGUCACUGCCAGCGCAAGAUGGGAGGAAUGGCUCCCCAGGUACCAGUGGGGCUUGCUGGCUGUCACUGGCAAGGCUGCAGUGAGAAUUGUGAUGUGCUAGUUGGCUCUGCCUGUCACUAGGGUGAUCCCCUCUUUCUGGACUGGAAUCUCCCUGUGAUUGAAGUGGCAUCUUGGAUACUGUACUUUCCAGCCACUGUGUGCAUCUAAUAAAACUUUUUUUAUUAAAA